AUGCCAUUCAUGCCACGGUGCGAGAUGAGGAGAAGCGUCCUGGAACCGGCCAUGUGGAGGACGUGCAGCCUGUUUUGCGCAUGGUGUCUGCUGUUCUUAUCAGAAAUUUGUGCGCAGUCUCAACGGAGACCCAGCUUCACGUGUGGAGGGAAUAUCACUGGAGACUCUGGAGUUAUUGGCAGUCAGGGUUACCCAGGAGUUUACCCACCCAAUACCAAAUGUGUGUGGAGGAUUACAGUGCCCGAGGGAAAGGUGGUGGUCCUGUCCUUCCGCUCCAUAGACUUGGAGAGUGACAACUUGUGCCGAUAUGACUAUGUCGAUGUGUACAGUGGUCAUGUGAAUGGGCAGAGGCUGGGACGCUUCUGUGGCACCUUCAAACCUGGAGCCCUGGUUUCCACGGGCAACAAGAUGAUGGUGCAGAUGGUUUCAGACGCCAACACAGCUGGUAGUGGAUUUCUAGCAGUUUUCUCCUCUGCACAUCCACAUGAGAGAGGUGAUCAAUAUUGUGGAGGGCGGUUAGACAAGCCAUCUGGCACUUUCAAAACACCAAACUGGCCUGAGAAAGAUUACCCAGCUGGUGUUACCUGUUCUUGGCAUAUCAUUGCACCCAAAAACCAGAUCAUAGAAGUCAAGUUUGAGAAGUUUGACGUGGAACGGGACAACUACUGCCGCUACGACCAUGUCUCUAUUUUCAACGGAGCAGAAAUCAACGACGCUAAGAGGAUUGGCAAAUUCUGCGGAGACAGCCCCCCAGCGCCCGUGUUCUCCGAGGGGAAUCAGCUCCUGAUACAGUUCCUGUCAGACCUUAGCUUGACUGCAGACGGCUUCAUUGGACACUACAAGUUCAGACCUAAGAAGUUCCCCACUACUACUCUCCCACCCACCACUACCACACAGCCAGUCACCACCAGGCCUAUACCUCUUAAAUACUCAGUGGCCUUGUGUCAGCAGAAAUGCAAAAGACGAGGAACACUUGAAAGCAACUACUGCUCCAGCAAUUUCGUAAUCACAGGCACAGUCAUCACUGCAGUGGUCAGAGGGGGAAGCACUUUUGCUACUGUUUCCAUCAUUAAUGUGUACAAGGAGGGCAACCUGGUCAUUCAGCAGGCCGGGAAGACCAUGAGCACCAAGAUCAUAAUUCUGUGCAAGAAAUGUCCUUUUAUCAGACGAGGCUUGAACUACGUGUUCAUGGGCGAGGUGGACGAGGAGGGCCGUGGGAAGGUGGCCCCACACCAUUUUGUCAUGCCCUUUAAGACCAAGAACCAGAAAGGGCUCAACGGGCUGAAGAACAAGCAGUGCUGAGUCUUCUCCACUGGACUGCUUUGCCUUGGGCUCAGCUGUGGACGUGAAAGCAAAUUUAAAAUGUAAAAUACUGUUUAUAUUUUUUGAGUAGGCUAUUUAUUAAAAUUAAACCAGGCAAUGGGCAUGUUCUAUACUCUCAUUUCAGUCACCUUUAGGCAUUUCCAGAAGUCUAAGUUUAUUGUUUGGUUUGAGUUGCUGGAGGUUUUUAAUUUGGUGAUAACAUGUGCAAUAAAUGUCUUAUUUAAUAAAAAUUUAGCAUUGGGAGAAGCACUUUCCAUUUCCUCACUUACGAGAACAACGAAUCAGAAUAAUUUCUACUGUAGAUGAUAAUAUGUACUGUUACUGUAUUUACACAUUGUUGCCAAAUUAUUUUCAAGUGGUGAAAUAAAAUGAAAAUAUUUUCAUAUGGAA